CACUACCUUCCUUCAGCCAUGUUGGAAAACCUCGGGAUCCAGCAGGAGCCUUGACGUUACCGCCAGCGUCACAGGCACAGGCAGCACUCGACCGGGGACAGCACUGUGCUGCGAGGAAAAAAAACACAGAGGGAGAGAGGGAACCCCACAACGGACAAAUAUAGCGACUCAGUGAUUUCUAAGGUUGAAGGGAUUAUUCAAACGCACUGGAUUAAGCGGGGAGUCGGCGUCUCGGGGGUAGGCGCGGCCGGUUGUCCGGGGCUACAGGAUCUUUCCAGGAUAUCGUAUGCUGGUGAAUAUGACGGCCAGUUAGCCCCAAAGGAGACCCCAAAGUCUGACAUGGCGUCGUCCUCCUACCUGGAGACCGGCCGCAGCCACUCAGCGGCCGCUGGUUGCGGGGUCAAGUCCCGGUCGGGCGCCACCGGCGUGGGCGCCGGGGGGGGCGGCGGCGGCCCGGCGGGGGCGCUGGAGCGGCCCGUGGGCUCCAUGGACCGCGUGCUGAAGAUCUACCACUACUUUGAGACCAACAGCGAGCCCUCCACCUGGGCCAGCAACAUCAGGCACGGGGAUGCCACGGACGUCAGGGGCGUGAUCCAGAAGAUAGCUGAGAUCCACAAGCUGCGCUGUGUGUCCUCGCUGGGUCUCCGCCUCGCGCACCUACGCUCCGACGCCAUGCACUGGCUGCACCCCGACCUGGGCGUGUCUCACGUCAGGGAGAAGUACGAGAAACAGCACCCCCAAGAGGAGUGGAGGUACGAGUUGCGAAUGAGGUAUCUCCCCAAAGGCUAUCUCAGCCAUUUCUCGGAAGACAAACCAUCUCUUAACUACCUCUACCACCAGGUGAAAAGCGACUUCAUGCUCCAGCUGGCCGACCACGUGGAUCAAGAUGUUGCUUUAAAACUCGGCUGCUUAGAGAUCAGGAGGUUCUUCAGAGAGAUGCCCGGAAACGCCCUCGAUAAAAAGUCAAACUACGAACUUCUUGAAAAGGACGUGGGUUUAAGGAGGUUUUUCCCCAAGAGCGUCUUGGAAUCUCUCAAGGCCAAAACGCUGAGGAAACAAAUCCAGCAGACCUUCAAGCAGUUUGCCAACCUCAACGACGAGCAGAGCAUCCACAUGUUCUUUGAGAUUCUCUCUCCCAUCUACCGCUUCGACAAAGAGUGCUUCAAAUGUGCUUUGGGGUCUAGCUGGGUCAUAUCAGUAGAGUUGGCCAUCGGCCCAGAAGAAGGAAUCAGCUACCUCACAGAUAAGGGUUCAAUGCCUACCCACCUCGCUAACUUCACCCAGGUACAGUCCAUACAGUACUCGGCCAUGGAGGAGAAGGACCGCAAGGGCAUGCUGCAGCUAAUCGUAGCGGGGGCACCGGAACCUCUCAUAGUCACCACCACGUCGCUGACCACAGCAGAAAACAUGGCGGACCUCAUUGACGGCUACUGUCGGCUGGUCUCCUCUCUGUCUCACUCCUUCAUCGUCAGGGUCCAAAAAGAGGGGGACAGAGCCCUACCUUCAAUCCCCAACCCCAAAGUGUCCAACCAUGAGAAACGCAUGGAGAAGCGGAUGGACGGAGUGAGGACCAGAGCGGUGUGCGUCUCGGAAACAGACGACUAUGCUGAGAUCAUCGAUGAAGAGGACACCUACACCAUGCCGUCCAAAUACUAUGGACUAGAACAAGGUAACGAUCAGACGCGGGACUACGAGAUCCUCCGGGACUGCAUCGAGCUGGGACGCUGCAUAGGAGAGGGACAGUUUGGGGACGUGCACCAGGGCGUCUACGUCAGCCCGGACAACCCAGCUCUGUCGGUGGCCGUGAAGACGUGUAAGAACUCCACGUCGGACAGCGUCCGGGAGAAGUUCCUCCAGGAAGCUUUAACCAUGCGGCAGUUCGACCACCCUCACAUCGUCAAGCUGAUGGGCGUGAUCACGGACAACCCCGUGUGGAUCAUCAUGGAGCUCUGCACCCUGGGGGAGCUGCGGUCCUUCCUGCAGGUGAGGAAGUACAGUCUGGACCUGGCCACUCUCAUCCUGUACUCCUACCAGCUCAGCUUAGCCCUGGCCUAUCUGGAGAGCAAGCGUUUUGUACACAGGGACAUUGCAGCGCGGAACGUUCUGGUUUCCACUAUAGACUGCGUGAAGCUGGGAGACUUUGGUUUGUCCAGAUACAUGGAGGACAGCUCUUACUACAAAGCUUCCAAAGGUAAACUGCCUAUUAAAUGGAUGGCACCAGAGUCCAUUAACUUCAGGAGGUUCACGUCGGCCAGUGAUGUCUGGAUGUUCGGCGUGUGCAUGUGGGAGAUCCUCAUGUACGGCAUCAAGCCCUUCCAGGGCGUGAAGAACAACGACGUGAUUGGCCGGAUAGAGAAUGGCGAGCGUCUGGCCAUGCCCCCCCAGUGCCCGCCCACGCUGUACAGUCUGAUGACCAAGUGCUGGUCGUACGACCCCGGCAAGAGGCCCCGCUUCACCGAGCUCAAGGCCCAGCUCAGCACCAUCCUAGAGGAGGAGAAGGCCCAGCAGAAGGAGAGGAACCGGAUGGAGCUGAGGCGCCAGGUCACCAUGUCAUGGGACUCCGGAGGCGCUGAGGAAGCCCCGCCCAAGCCGAGCCGGCCCGGUUACCCCAGCCCCCGCUCCAGUGAGGGGUUCUACCCGGGCCCCCAGCACCAGGGCCACUACCAGAUGUCGGGGUACCCGGGCCCCCACACGCUCCCCUCGGUGCCCAGUGCCCUGUACCCGCCGCCCGCCGCCCUUCUGGACACGCACCACGCCCACACCCACCCCCGGCACCACGUCCACUCCCACGGCCCCCACCUGGGCCCCCACCUGGGCCCGGCCCACGGGGCGGACAUGGCCCUCUGGGGCUCCGGCCUGGAGGACCCUGCGUUAGACAUGCUGCCCUGUGUGGGCCAGCCGUGCCUCCUACGGGAGGACCAGCUGUUGAUUCAGCAGCAGCAGAUGGAGGACGACCGCAGGUGGCUGGAGCAGGAGGAGAGGCUGCUGAAGCCAGACACCAGAAGCUCUCGUGGAAGUCUGGACCGAGAGGACUCCGGACUGCAACCACCGACGGGGAAUCAGCACAUCUACCAGCCGGUUGGAAAGCAAGAGCAUGCAGCCCCCCCCAAGAAGCCUCCCCGACCUGGAGCUCCCGGACACCUUGGGAGCCUGGCAUGUCUGAGCUCUGGGGAUAGCUACAACGACGGGCUCAAGCCCUGGCGGCUGCAGCCCCAGGAGAUCAGCCCCCCCCCCACCGCCAACCUGGACCGCUCCAACGACAAGGUGUACGAGAACGUGACGGGCCUGGUCAAGGCCGUGAUCGAGAUGUCCAGCAAGAUCCAGCCGGCGCCCCCGGAGGAAUACGUCCCCAUGGUGAAGGACGUAGGCCUCGCGUUGAGGACACUGCUGGCGACAGUGGAGGAGACUUACCCUCAACUCCCUGCCUGCACACACAGAGAGAUCGAGAUGGCCCAGAAGCUGUUGAACUCUGACCUGGCAGAACUCAUUAGCAAGAUGAAGCUAGCCCAGCAGUAUGUGAUGACCAGCCUGCAGCAGGACUACAAGAGGCAGAUGCUGACGGCUGCACACGCCCUCGCCGUCGACGCCAAGAACCUGCUGGACGUGAUCGACCAAUCGCGGCUCAAGAUGAUGUCGCAGGCCCGUCCGCACUAGCCCCCGCCCUCUUCAGCCCCCCCCCCCCCACCCCCCCAACCCCGGGGGGGCCGGGAACGUACCGACGCUCCACGCGCGCGUUCCUAAAGGACUAUAAACAAAAGACUACCUGAUGCUCUGAGGACACCAUCAUCGGUCGUCUGUAAUAUGUAAAGCGGGCUCUUCUUCUGUGGUCUCGGAGGUUCGCGGCCGGCGAGAGGGGGAACCUUAAAAGAUUGAACGUCGUCUUCGUCCGCCCGCCCCGCCCGCCGUGAUCUCUGGCGGUCGGGGGCGGAGCCAGAAGACCUCCGAAGCCGUGGCGCGACGCUCCCACAUCAGGGAACGCUCCCACCUCUCUCUCGCCCUCGGAAUUCCCAACCGAUGAAUGAAGGAGAAGGGGCCGGCGAAUGAACAGGGUCGCCAUGGAGACGGGUGGCUGUCGAGUCAAUGUGGUACUGAGCCAAAAUACACAAGAUCCACACGCUCCACAGUCACUCGGCAAACCAGGGAAAACACUUGGGAAUAAAACAUUUUAUCGUCGGGGACAACCUCACUUUGGAAUCCAGUUAUUGUGUUCCAUAAUAAUACUGGGACUGCAAUACCCAGAGUUCUCAGCUUCUUGGGGUCGGGAAAAAAAAAAAGGAGAAGCUGUGGGCACUUGGUUGUCGUGACACCGGCAACAACGGAUGGCUUGAGGUUUUGAACCGGUUAUGAACCGGUUGUCGGCUUUUCCCGACCGCGGCCCAGUGUACGAUUCACCCUGAGGCAUAACCAUGAGCCCCAUGCUAUACAGCGCUAACUUAACCCCUCCCCUUUGGAUCGGACGUCCUCCCCUUGCGUUGGACAUACCUCACCCCUGCCUCAUCCUGCUCCCAACGGCAUGUCUGGACGACAAAGUGGGGGCUGAGUCGUCAUUGUUGUUGUUGUUGUUGUUGUUGUUGUUGUCUUCGUCGGUGAUGGGGACGUGACAAUGUGGUUCGUACAGAAAGGCUGAACGUUCGCCCCACACCAUCCCCCACCCUCACCCCCACCCCCACCCUCACCCCCUCCCCCACCACCCCCACCCCCACCCCCACCCCCUCCACCUCCACCUAAAGCCUACAAUCAACCCCCCCCCCCCCCCCCCUCCUGUCUUCCACCCCUUCCGCCCCCAUCACUUUAUUUAUUGCCUUCAUCUGAACGUGCCCCCCCCCCCUCCCCUCACCGUGUCCCUCAGGUCGUGAUCUACCUGAGGGGGGGCGGGACUCCUCCCAGUCUACGCAGACCGGAGGCUCCGAGCCCCCGUCUCCCCGUCGUCUUCUCGUCUUCUCGUCUUCUCCCCUCCUCCCCUCCUCCCUGUCUCCUCCCCUCCUCCC